AUGGGGUCGCAGCCGGAGCAGCGGCGCGCGGCCGACAUCGUCCGCCUCCUGACGCUCUACCGGCCCCUCCUCGACGCCUACGUCAUCGAUUUCUUCGCCGAGGGGCUGUGGGCCCGGCUCCCCCCGCCCUGGCAGGCCGCCUUGGCCACCGCCGCCCCCCCGCAGCUGGCCGGGCUGCUGGGGGCCGGGGGGGGCGCGGGGGGGGCGGCCUGGCCCCUCUCCCUCCUGGCCUUCGCCGCCGCCGCCCGCGCCCUCGCCCUCCCCCGCGACGGGGGAGGAUCCGCGGGGGGGGAAGGGGGGGCCCCGCGCCCCCCCUGCCAGAGCCCCCGCCUGCACCCCCUGCUCCGCCGCCACGUCAAGCCCAAAAAGCAGCACGAGAUCCGGCGCCUGGGCAAGCUGCUGCAGCGGCUGAGCCAGGCCACCGGCUGCGACCACGUGGUGGACAUCGGCGCGGGGCAGGGCCACCUCUCACGCUACCUGGCCUUUGGCCUCGGCUUAUCGGUGACGGCGGUGGAGGGGGACAGCCGCCUGGCCGCCACGGCGCAGCGCUUCGACUGGGAGGUGCUGCGGGAGCUGGAGAAAACGGGGGGGCCUCCCCCCUGCCGCUGCCGCCAAACCCCCCCCUGCCACCCCCCAUGUCCCCUCACCCCCCGUGCGCCGCGCCACGUGGCCGGCCGCCUGGACCCGGGGGCUCUGGGGGAAUUCCUGUUGCCCCCCGACCCCCCUGGCCAGCAACCCCUCGCCAGGAACCCUUUAGGGGGCGCGGGGGGGGCGGAGGGGGGGCGGCGGGUGUUGGUGACGGGGCUACACGCCUGCGGGGACCUCAGCCCGGCCCUGCUGCGGCACUUCACCCGCAGCCCCUCCGUGGCCGCCGUGGCCUCGGUGGCCUGUUGCUACAUGAAGUUGUCCACCCCGCCGCAGCCCCCCGGUUGCCCCCUUGGCUACCCCUUGAGCGCUUGGGUAGCCGGUUUACCGGGCCAUGAGCUUUCUUACCGGGCGCGGGAAGCCGCUUGCCACGCGUUGGAGGAAUACCGGGGGCGGCUGGAUGGGGAGAACGACUCCCUGCGCGUCCAUUGCUACCGCGCCGUCCUGGAGACCCUCAUCCGGGCGGCCGAUCCCAGCAAGAAGCACCCGGGGGUGCAGACGGUGAAGAAGGCGCACGCCCUCAGCUUCCCCCAAUACGCCCGCCUGGGGCUGCCCCGCGUGGGGCUGGAUCCGGCCACCGUCCCGCUGGAUUCGGAAGCUGUCGGGGCCAUGUUGGAGCAGCAGCACAAGGUGGUGGCUUUCUUCAGCCUCACCCUGCUGCUGGCCCCGCUGGUGGAGACCCUCAUCCUCCUCGAUCGCUUGCUCUACCUACGGGAGCAAGGUUUCCAGUGCGCCCUCGUCCCCCUCUUCAACCCCCGGUUCUCCCCGCGCAACCUGGUGCUGGUGGCUGCGCGGACGCCCCUGGGCACGGUGCUGUCGGGUCUGGAUGAGGACGGCAGCGAGGAUGAGGGCACGGGGGGGGCCGAGCCCCCCGGAGAGGGGCAGAGCCCCCCAGCCCCCGCUGCCAGGCACCAACCACAAUAAAAGCCGGGAUUUGUACAAAGCGGGGCUCGG